ACCCACAACACAAAACCAUUCUCCAUCAACCAAAAAAAAAACAUUUUUUGUUGUUUGUUUGCUAUAUUGAAGCUUAUAGGCUUUUUUGGUGAAAAAUGGAGAUUGAAUCUGUGAGAUGCGAGUGUUGUGGGUUAAUGGAAGAUUGCACACAAGACUACAUUAGUGAGGUCAAAUCUAACUUCGACAACAAAUGGCUUUGUGGUCUCUGCUCUGAGGCCGUGAGGGACGAAGUAAGUCGCCGGAAGAUGACCACCGUUGAUGAAGCCCUUAAGGCCCACGUGUCAUUUUGUGGCAAGUUUAAGAAAGAUAAUCCGGCGGUUCAUGUGGCCGACGGUAUGAGGCAGAUGCUACGUAGGAGGUCCGGUGACUUGACGACUUCCUCUACGUCCAAGAAGUUUGGUAGAUCUAACACCACCAAGUUGUACUGAUCCAUUUUUCUUCUAUUUCGUUAAUUAAUUAAUGUAUAAUAUUUGAUGCUUCUUUUUUUCUUGUUUUGUUUAAUGUCAUAAAUAAUGGUCGGUGAUGCUAUAACUAAUCAAUUAAUUUCAUUCAG